AUGUUUUCAUCGAAAACAAACAAUUCACAGUGGGCCACGGAUGAAUUGACAAACAUUUUAAAUAAUGAGCCCAAUGUGUCGAAUUGGACCUAUCAACAAGUGCAUAUUUUUCUAUGCUCGGAACCAGAACUCGUUCCACAAAAAGUAUUGAAACGAGUGAAACAAGAGGAGUGGAAUGGAGCGGAUUUGUUGGAGAAGGGAUGCAGUUGGUACUAUUUGACAAAGUUUUUGAAAUUAUCAUCAUCGGAUGCCACAUCCGUGUUGUUGGCUGUGGACAAAUUGAAAAAGAGAACUGGCUUGCCCUAUGAAGCACCAAAAAAGACAGAUGAAUGA